AUUGCAAAGAGAGGAAAAGGAGGAAGAGAGAGCUGAGACUGGGCAGCUUAUGAAUUAUUUUUUGUCUUUUGCAGCCAAACAUGUUUUUACGUUUGAUGAUGCUACUUAUCUGUCUCUCCCAAACAGAGCUUGCAAGUGUUUGGGCCCAAAAAACAGAUAAUUUGUACACUGUGAUCUCAGAGCAACAUGUAGAGUCAACUAGAGGCGACAGUCAAGCUCACACAGCCCAGAGUUCAUCUUCAGGCCAUAGUAGGAUAAACAGGGCGGUGUUGGUUGGUGGAAUCACCGUUGAUACUUGGCCAAAUAACAUGACACAUGUAGUGGAGGACUCUGGCAAGUAUUACACAUGGCGUAGCUAUGGCCCUGAGGACCAGCGCACAAAGGAACUUUGGGUAGACAUGAGCAACCUUAGACAUGGACAAGUUAGAGUGCAUGGCAUCCUGUCAAAUACACACAAACAGGCUGCGAGGGUUGCCUUGUCAUUUGACUUUCCUUUUUAUGGACAUUUCCUGAGGCAGAUUACCAUAGCAACAGGAGGGUUUAUCUUCACCGGGGACAUAACUCACCGUAUGCUGACUGCUACACAGUACAUCGCUCCUCUAAUGGCCAAUUUUGACCCCAGCUUUUCCAAAGAAUCUACUGUGCAAUACCUGGAUAAUGGUGAGGUGUUUGUAAUCCAGUGGGAGCGAGUCAGACUCCAGGGUAAAGAAUCAGAAGGUGCCUUUACAUUUCAGGCUGCCCUUUACAAAUCAGGAACCAUCACAUUCAGCUACAAAGAUAUACCUCUGUCAUUAGAUGUGAUCAGUUCUGCAGAGCAUCCAGUGAAAGCAGGUUUAUCAGAUGCCUUCACUGUUUCUUCACCUUCGACUCAAUCACCAGACAACACACAGCGGCAAACAAUUUAUGAGUAUCACCGAGUUGAGAUAAACACUACGAAGAUCACAAACUAUUCUGCUAUUGAGUUCACUGCACUACCUACCUGCUUGCAACAUGACAGCUGUGAUCUCUGUCUCUCAUCAAACCAAACCUCUGGGUGUAGCUGGUGUAAUGUACUGCAGAGGUGCUCAGAUGGCAUGGAUAGACACAGACAGGAAUGGUUUGACUAUGCAUGUUCAGAAGAGAGCAAAAAUGCAACCUGUGAGGAUUAUUCCAGGGAUGACACCUCCUCUAUCACACCAGAGACUGAAGGCGUGACCUCUUUAAUUCCCCGCCAAAAGGGCUGUGAAAGUGUUGAUGAGACUAAACAUCACGUAUUCAAGACCGGCAGUGAUGUAAAAACAGAUCCUUCAAUCAAGAAUGAAGGGCUGCCGAAUACUGCAGUGAUUGCUGGUAUCGCAGCUGCUUUGGUGCUACUUCUGGCUCUGAUACUGGUAGCUCUUUAUAUCAACUGUCAUCCCCAUGCUGCAUCACCACUUUACCUCAUCCAGCGACGCAAGAGCUACUGGCCCUCCUUGAAGUUUCAGAAGCAACAGACAGGUUACACAGAAGUGGAAGGUGAAGGACAUCAUGAGAAAGACAGCAUUGUUGAGGCCGGGCCAUGUUGAAACCAUGUGUGGAAAGUUGGAAGAAGAUGAACAAGAUUUGCAUUGAACUGAUUUUCAUAUUUUCAUGUUUCAUUUUCAGACAUUUACAUUUCUCCAAACAUUCAAACAUUUACAGUCACAACCCAGUUAACUUGCACAUUACUGCAAUGUUUUUAAGGCUGUUCAUCAUUCUGUAGAACAACCAUGAAUUUUAUGUGAUGUUAAUAAUUUUGUAUCUGUAUUUUGUAUCUCUACAGCAAUAACGGUGGCUACUUUGAAAAGCUUGAUCUAAUUUGAACUACAGUCAACUGUGAAAUGAAUGCCACCAGCUUAACAACCCUUGAAAAAUACACCAGCGAUUCUAUUUCAUAUAAUACAAAUAAA